GGAAAAGCCGUAACACUUCUGCGAAGUUUGUCAGGUAGCUAAUGGAGUCGGUAGCUAGAAGUAAACACAAGUGCCCUUAAAUGUUCUAAUGUCUUAACCAUUGAUGUACAUAAGCCCUCUGAGAUGGAUGAUAUCAAUUUACACUACAGAUUCCUGAACUGGCGGCGCCGGAUCAGGGAAAUCAGGGAAGUACGUGCUGUUCGUUAUCAAGAGCGCUACAAACGAAUGUUGAAGAAUGGAGACACGCUAAGUUACCAAGGGAACUCUGAUGAAGUUGGCUGCUACGUGGCUCCACGCCCCUUAUCAAAGGGAAACUGUUACUUUGAGGUGACCAUUAUGGAUACUGGAGUGAGGGGAACGAUUGCUGUCGGUCUGGUUCCACAAUAUUACAAACUUGACCAUCAGCCUGGCUGGCUUCCACAUUCAAUUGCUUACCAUGCGGAUGAUGGAAAGCUAUACAAUGGCAACCCUGUCGGUCAACAGUUUGGUCCAAAAUGUAACCGUGGUGACCGAGUAGGUUGCGGUAUCUAUGCAGACAAUUUUGAUGCCGGACUCGUAACUGUGUUCUUCACCAAGAAUGGCAAUGAAGUUGGGUCAGUGGUGGUACCAGUGGCUCCAGAUGGGCUGUUCCCUGCCAUUGGCAUGCACUCCCUCGGUGAGGAGGUACGGCUGGACCUGCAGGCAGCGUGGGGUUCAGAAGAGGAGGACAGCGUCAUGAUGGUGGACAGCCAUGAGGAUGAAUGGGCAAGACUUUAUGAUGUCAAAGUCAGUGGUACGCUUCUUGAAUAUGUUGGGAAAGGGAAGAGCAUCAUGGACGUAGGUCUGGCUCAGGCUCGGCAGCCCCUUACCACUCGAAGUCACUACUUUGAAGUGGAGAUCGUGGAUCCUGGAGAGAAGUGUUAUAUCGCCCUGGGCCUUGCAAGGAGAGAUUAUCCAAAGAACAGACAUCCGGGCUGGAGUCGAGGUUCUGUUGCAUAUCAUGCAGAUGAUGGGAAGAUCUUCCAUGGCAGUGGAGUUGGAGACCAGUUUGGCCCACGCUGUUUUGAAGGGGACAUCAUGGGCUGUGGAAUUAUGUUUCCCCGGGACUACAUGCUGGACUACGAAGAUGAAAUUGAUGACUGGGAAGCGGUGGAUGUGCGGCCGAAGCAGGGGCGUGUUGAAAACCUAAUGUAUUUGAAUGAUGAAGAUGAGGAAGAGGGAGACGACCCAGAGCAAGAACACGAGGGCCAGAAAGUCAUGGUGUUCUUCACCCGAAACGGCAAGAUUAUUGGCAGAAGGGAGGUGGUGGUUCCAGCUGGGGGGUUUUACCCCACCAUCGGUAUGCUCAGCACUGGAGAAAAAGUGAAAGUGGACCUCCACCCUCUCAGUGGUUAAUAAAUACAGAACUUAGUGAAUCCAUAUCACCAAUCCUGCUGUCAGCCAAUCGCCACCUUUGACUAACCCACCAUGCUGAAGUUCAAAGACAGAUUUGAUACACAUGGAAUCAUGGGAACGGUUUAUUUAUGCUUUAAACAAAUGAUGGCUACACAAAUAGAUAAUUCUGUAAUCCAGAGACAAAAAGGCACUUGAGAAUGCAACAGUGUAAAGCAUUUAAAAGUUUAAUAUGUUCACAUUAAUGCAUGUUUCACGGCAAAGCUCCUUACUUAAAGCUUUAGCUUCAAACGGUUUACUUUGAGAUUAUUUUGAAGGUUAUGGCGUCAAUAUUGGGCCUCAAAACUGUUGAACCUAAUGACGAAUUAAAGCAGUGCUCCAGGUUCAAUACAAGUUAAGGUCCAUCAACAGCAGUUGUAGCAUAAUGUCAAUUACCACAGAAAAUAUUUUCAAUUCAUCCCUUGAUUGUUUUUUAGAAGAAAAACAUUGCAGUAAAUGACAGUAAGGCGCUCACAAUGGAAGUGAAGGGGGAAAGUCCAUAAGCAUUAAAAUACACAUUCUUUCAAAAGUAUAGCCAGAAAAUGUAAACAUGAUAUGUUUUAACAUGAUUUUAAUGUGAUAAAAAUUGUUACAUGGUUUAUUGCCGUUAUGACAUAAUGGCAACAAAGUUGUAAAUGUAAUAUUGAUAUAACUUUACACAGAUUAGGUUAGUGAGUGAUUUUAUCACACUAAAAUCAUGUUAACAUGUAUUGUUUACAUGUUGUAGCUAUACAUUUGAAACUGUGAGUAUUUAAAUGUUUAUGGACUGGCUGAUUUUUGCUAUUUGUUUUAUAGACGAGGGACAUACAAACGGAGUUAGAAUUAUUUUUUGUUGUAAUAGUCAAUAGAGUUUGUAUUGAACCUGAAAAAUGACUUUAACAUUGUACGAAUAUACGUUUUGUUUAUUAACAAAUGCAUUGAAAAUAUGGAGCUAUAUAUUUUUGAAGUAUUUUGCUAUACAAACGAAAAUUCAAAAACAGAAUACAUUGAUCAAUGUGAGAUUCGCAGGGUACAAAGUACCAUUACACCCUAAAGACGGUUAAUGACCAGACACAUCUCUCAUAGCUGAAUAGCUCAUAUGUGGCAAUUUUCCACCCACACUGCCUCUUGCCAAUGAAUCUUGAAGGUGAUUGAAAGCAGAUUAUGGCCAUUUUUUCUUAUUGUGAAUUUGUUUUCUUCUGUAUGUCGUAUGUAAUCAAGUGCCACUUGUGCAAUUAUUUCUGUCUGAAAAACCGGUUGAGAAAGGUGCUUGCCAGUAAACAGCAUGAAGUAAUUGUGAUGUCGGUGGAGGCGAGUUGCAUCGUCUUUAGUUGUAUAUCUUUUACUCUCUUCUGUCUCACUUCUGUCAUCGGUUGCAGAAUGCAAUUCAGCAGCUCCAGACCAGAUACAGUGCAAGAAAUGGAACGUAAUGCACUGAAUAGGCUACUUAAAGUUUUAUAAAUAAAUGUCUAUGAAUGCAACAUAAUGGAUCAGUCUAUCUUUAUUUAGUUCAAGUGGAUUUCUCCAAGCCUUUCUGUAAAUGUUGUUCUAACAAGUUUGUUGCUGUUUAUGUAUGUUUUAUCAGAUUAUGCAGGGCAGACGCCACAUUCGAGGCGCUUUUAAUUUAGCGAAAAACAUUGAGCUGUUUAUAAGCAUUGUCCGCUGUAAUGUGAACUGGUCCUGUUCACAAAUGCCACAAGCACUUUACAGAUGCGUCAAAUUACACUGGGCGUUCAGUCAUGAACCUGUUGCCCUCUAGUCUUCUAAACAGAUGCCAUUCUGCACACCUCACUGCAAUAAUGUUCUACCUGUUAUUUUUACAUAUCACAUAUUGGACGAAAUGAAAUGUUUAAUAGAUGUACUUUGCCAAAUGUAAUGUCUGUUUUUGUCACCAUCAAUGUGGUUUUUUCCUUAGCAGGUCUUGUCUAAAUAUUGCAUAUCUUUUGAAUGAUUAUAUUAAACCGUUCUCUAUAUUGCCCCAAGUAAGGUGACUCAGUUUAAGUUGUAUCAUUAUAGAUUAUUAGCUGAAUGUCAGGAUAUAAGCUAGGUUUGGAAUGGAGCACUGGUGUACUGGAUAACACACAGUGAAGCAAUAUACAACAAUGAGCAUUUCAAACAAGUUGUAUACUGGAUUUUUGUCACAUAACAUCAACACAAUUAAUCUUUUUUUUUUUCAGUGCUUUGCAGAUAUCAUCCUGGAAGUAAAUGUGGUUUAGUAUUUGAAACUAAAAAUUUGGUUCAAGUUUGUGUAAAAAAAUAAAUUGUCUUGACAUUUGGAAGUUGAUCAUAUCAUGAGUGAAGGAAGAUUGUUGAACAACAAAUACUAUGCACUGUGUACAUACUAGAAAAUACAGAAAUAGUAAUAUGGUAGAAUGCUAUUCCAAACCUAGAGUUCAUUAAAAAAAACAU